AUUUUAAACCUUCCAAAAUGUCCGGAAAAGCCUUAAACAUUGGCGAUCAGUUUCCCAACUUCUCGGCUGAAACGAGCGUGGGCAAGAUAGACUUUUACGACUGGAUGGGCGAUAGCUGGGCUAUUCUGUUCUCCCAUCCGGCUGAUUAUACGCCUGUUUGCACUACGGAAUUAUCCCGUGUAGCGGCUCUAAUUCCGGAAUUCCUGAAGCGAGGGGUCAAGCCAAUUGCCUUGUCCUGCGACACAGUGGAAUCGCACAAAGGUUGGAUCGAGGACAUCAAGAGUUUUGGCAAACUUGCAAGUUUCGAUUAUCCCAUCAUUGCGGAUGACAAGCGGGAACUGGCCCUUAAGUUCAACAUGCUGGACAAGGACGAGAUUAAUGCCGAGGGUAUUCCCCUCACCUGUCGCGCUGUUUUUGUGGUGGAUGAUAAGAAGAAGCUACGGCUAUCCAUCCUAUAUCCUGCCACCACUGGUCGCAAUUUCGAUGAAAUCCUUCGGGUGAUCGACUCGCUCCAUUUGACCCAAACAAAGAGCGUGGCCACGCCUGCCGAUUGGCAAAAGGGCGACAAGUGCAUGGUUUUGCCCACCGUGAAAGCCGAAGAUGUUCCCAAGCUCUUUCCCCAGGGCAUCGAAACAAUUGAAGUUCCCUCCGGAAAGAGUUAUCUACGGAUCACCCCACAGCCCUAAAGAGGCACAAGUCUAUUUUCAUAUACGACUUUAUU